UCCCCUCCAUUUUCCUCCAAGAAGAUUAGAAGAGAGCUCCAGCCUCCUCUGCAAUUCGACGAGCUCCUCUUCAGCACAAGUCCAGUCCCUCCAGACACCGAUCGAUCCAUCACCACUUCCUCCAGCUACACAUACACCUGCAAGUGUUUGCGUUUAGCACUACUUCUUUGCACACUUCGAUGGAGUACGAGAACGGGCACGCUGCCACUUACGGCGACGGCUUGUGCGUGGCGGCGCCGCUGGCGCCCCGCGCCGAUCCUCUGAACUGGGGCAAGGCCGCGGAGGAGCUGUCCGGGAGCCAUCUGGACGCGGUGAAGCGGAUGGUGGAGGAGUACCGCAGGCCCGUGGUGAAGAUGGAAGGCGCCAGCCUGACCAUCGCCCAGGUCGCGGCCGUGGCCGCCGGCGCCGAGGCCAGGGUCGAGCUCGACGAGUCCGCCCGCGGCCGCGUCAAGGAGAGCAGCGACUGGGUCAUGAACAGCAUGAUGAACGGCACCGACAGCUACGGCGUCACCACUGGUUUCGGCGCCACAUCCCACCGCAGGACCAAGGAGGGCGGCGCUCUGCAGAGAGAGCUCAUCCGAUUCCUUAAUGCGGGAGCCUUCGGCACCGGCGAAGACGGCCACGUUCUGCCGGCCGCGGCGACGAGGGCGGCCAUGCUCGUCCGCGUCAACACCCUGCUCCAGGGUUACUCCGGCAUCCGCUUCGAGAUCCUCGAGACGAUCGCCACGCUUCUCAACGCCAACGUGACGCCGUGCCUGCCGCUCCGGGGCACGAUCACCGCGUCCGGCGACCUCGUCCCGCUCUCCUACAUCGCGGGCCUCGUGACCGGCCGCCCGAACUCCGUGGCGACGGCCCCGGAUGGCCGCAAGGUUAACGCCGCGGAGGCUUUUAAGAUCGCCGGCAUCCAGCAUGGCUUCUUCGAGCUGCAGCCCAAGGAAGGCCUUGCCAUGGUGAACGGCACGGCGGUGGGCUCCGGGCUCGCGUCCAUGGUGCUCUUCGAGGCGAACAUUCUGGGCGUCCUUGCCGAGGUUCUAUCGGCCGUGUUCUGCGAGGUCAUGAACGGCAAGCCAGAGUUCACCGACCACCUGACGCACAAGCUGAAGCACCACCCGGGGCAGAUCGAAGCCGCGGCCAUCAUGGAGCACAUCCUGGAAGGCAGCUCCUACAUGAUGCUCGCGAAGAAGCUCGGUGAGCUCGACCCGCUGAUGAAGCCGAAACAGGACAGGUAUGCGCUCCGCACGUCGCCGCAAUGGCUCGGCCCCCAGAUCGAGGUCAUCCGGGCUGCCACCAAGUCCAUCGAGCGCGAGAUCAACUCCGUCAACGACAACCCGCUCAUCGACGUCUCCCGCGGCAAGGCUAUCCAUGGUGGCAACUUCCAGGGCACCCCCAUCGGUGUGUCCAUGGACAACACCAGGCUUGCCAUUGCUGCGAUCGGCAAGCUCAUGUUUGCCCAGUUCUCGGAGCUCGUCAACGACUUCUACAACAACGGGUUGCCCUCCAACCUCUCCGGUGGGCGCAAUCCGAGCUUGGACUACGGCUUCAAGGGCGCCGAGAUCGCCAUGGCCUCGUACUGCUCCGAGCUCCAGUUCCUGGGCAACCCCGUGACCAACCAUGUCCAGAGCGCGGAGCAGCACAACCAAGACGUCAACUCUCUCGGUCUCAUUUCCUCCAGGAAGACCGCCGAGGCCAUUGACAUACUGAAGCUCAUGUCGUCCACAUUCCUGGUCGCCUUGUGCCAGGCCAUCGACCUCCGCCACCUGGAGGAGAACGUCAGGAGCGCCGUCAAGAACUGUGUGACGACGGUGGCCAGGAAGACCCUGAGCACCAACGUCAAUGGCCAUCUCCACAACGCGCGCUUCUGCGAGAAGGAUCUGCUGCUGACGAUCGACCGUGAAGCCGUGUUCGCGUACGCGGACGACCCUUGCAGCGCAAACUACCCGCUGAUGCAGAAGAUGCGCGCGGUUCUCGUGGAGCACGCCCUGGCCAACGGCGAGGCGGAGCGCGACGUGGAGACCUCGGUGUUCGCCAAGCUCGCGGCGUUCGAGCAGGAGCUCCGCGCGGUGCUGCCCAAGGAGGUCGAGGCUGCGCGGGCCGCCGUGGAGAACGGCACUGCGACCAAGCAGAACCGGAUCGCCGAAUGCCGGUCGUACCCGCUCUACAGGUUCGUGCGCGAGGAGCUCGGGACGGAGUACUUGACCGGGGAGAAGACGCGGUCACCCGGGGAAGAGGUGGACAAGGUGUUCGUCGCCAUGAACCAGGGCAAGCACAUCGACGCGCUGCUCGAGUGCCUCAAGGAGUGGAACGGUGAGCCCCUGCCUCUCUGCUGAACAGGGGACCAAGAAAUCGAAGAGAACAGGAGUUCAGAAGACUCCACUAUGUAAUAGUACUGUUUUUUUUAAAAUUGUUUUUGUCUUGAAGUUGAUGGUUGAAAUGUUCUUCCAGAGCUGCCAUGCCGUUGCCAAAACAUGACUUGGUAGUGGUAGGCAGCCAGUAGAACUUCUGUGGUGUAAGUUAAAGAGAAUAUAGUGUGAGAUAAAUUUUCAUGACAAA